AUGGAAAGCAACCUAUCAAGAAGCUACAACACACAAGCUUGCGCUGCAUGUAAAUUUCAACGCAAAAAGUGUGGCACUAAUUGCAUUCUCGCACCUUAUUUUCCUCACGAUCGUCAAAACCAAUUUCUCAACGCGCACAGAUUAUUUGGCGUUGGUAGAAUCACCAAUAUGCUGAAGAUUCUUGAUCCUCAACACAGAGAUAUUGCUGCGAACACCAUUAUUUACCAAUCUGACAUGCGCGCCAAAGAUCCUGCUGGCGGUUGUUACAGACAAAUUCACCAGUUGCAGUCACAGAUUGAGUACACCGAAGCCGAACUUCACCUUAUUCUUCAACAUCUUGCUUUUCUCAAGGCUAGCUCUCGUGACAUCAUCAAUGGCGUCUCUCAACCUUAUCUUGAAUCAAUGCCACAAGAUCAUCAACAACACGUCAGUUAUAAUCCUUCACAUGAAGACAUCAACAUGGGGGUUUUACAGAACUCUAUUCCUUUGUCUCAUUCGUCUUUAGAAGAUAACCAAGAACCUGUUGUCGAUUUUAGGUACGAUGAUCAAAAGCCUGUUCUUGACUUCAUGAACAAAAUGAAUUCGGAUCUUGGAUCUCAUCAUUAG